AAGGUAUCUCACUGUUGUGUAGUAAGUUUGCAAUGUUAAAAGUCGCUGUAAGUAUUUUUUUUUUUACUGUACAUGAUAUUUCCAGAAUCAUCUGAUUACGAUUCCUAAUUCCUAACUACCAGGACCAAUAAAACUGUGAUUAUCACUCUAAUCACAGGCUAAUAACGUAAAUUCAUCAAAGCAGUCCACCCCGUACUCUCUCCUCACCUCGUUCCUGCCGUCUUUCUGCCACUCUCUUUUUGCUGGCAAUUUUUUUAUAAAUAAAUUCUGAAAUCCGCCAUUAUCAAUCUCUCUCUCUCUCUUUCUCUCUCAUUUUCUCAUUUUUCACUCAUCCAAAAAAGCAAACACCUAGAAAAAUUCCAACUUUUCAUUUUUUUUUUCUUAGUCUUUUCCGUUCCGAUAUCGACCAGAAAGAAGGAAGUAAAUCAAAAAUCCAGCCAUGUGUGGCGGAGCUAUAAUUUCCGAUUUCAUACCGCCGAAUCGGUCAUCCCGGCGGCUGACUGCCGAGCUGCUCUGGGGCCCAUCCGGCUCCGAUCUGUACGGAGGUUCCAACAACAAUAAGAACAACAAAAAGAAGAACGCCCAGAGCAUCAGCAGCAAGAACAAUGGAUACUCCUCCUCGAGGAAGCUGUCGCUGAGAUCUAAGAAGUUUCUCGACUUCGAGGAUGAAUUCGAGUCUGAUUUUCAGGAUUUCAAGGAUUACUCCGAUGAUGAGUAUGUUGAUGAUGACGUGGCUGCCGAGGAAGAUGAGGAGCUGGAAGAUGUCAAGCCUUUUGCUUUCUCUGCCUCCACCAAACAGCAUUCUUCUGCUGGGUCUGCCCCACUAGGCACCAAAUCUGGAAAAUCUUCUGACUCUAGUGAUGAAGGCGAUCAUCAAUUCUCAAAGAGGAAGAGGAAGAACCAAUACCGUGGUAUCCGACAGCGUCCAUGGGGUAAGUGGGCAGCCGAGAUUCGUGAUCCAAGGAAGGGAGUUCGAGUUUGGCUGGGAACUUUCAACACUGCUGAAGAAGCUGCUAGAGCUUAUGAUACUGAGGCCCGGAGGAUCAGGGGAAAGAAAGCCAAGGUGAACUUUCCUGAUGAAACUCAAGCUGCUGCCUCAAGGCGUACUGUGAAAGUGAACACGAAGAAAGUACUUCCCAAGGAAAACCUGAGUUCGGUUCAGCCAUGUGUGGAUGAGAGUGUGACGACUUUCAUGAACAACUUGAGCACUGACUACUACAGCUCCCUGGGUACCGUGGAAGAGAAACUGCCAAAGCAACAGCUUGAUUAUGUUGGUACCUUUCCUGCUGCCCCUGCGGGUGACGAAUUCAAGUCGUAUUCUCCGGCCGAGGGUGCUAAUCUAAGUAAUCUUUACUUGAAUUCUGAUCAAGGAAGUAAUUCGUUUGAUUGUUCUGACUUUGGGUGGGGAGAUCAGUGCGUCAAAACUCCAGAAAUAACAUCUGUUCUCUCCGCAGCUAUGGAGGCAGAGGAAGCUCAAUUCACUACCGAGGAUGAAAAUCCCGCAAAGAAACUGAAAUCUGGUUCUUCAUGUGAUGCCCCUGUGCCUUGUGAUGAUAAUGCCGUGGACAAGCUGUCUGAAGAUUUAUCCGCCUUUGAGUCACAGUUGAAGUUCUUCCAGACUCCUUUCCUCGAGGGCAAUAACUGGGAUGCUGCGUCCAUGGAUGCCUUCCUCAAUGAAGGAGGCGCGAGCCAACAGAAUGGAGGAGUCAAUGAAAUGGAUCUUUGGACAUUUGAUGAUAUAUCAGCCAUGAUGGGGAGUGUAUACUGAGCUGCUGUGCUUCCUUGAUUCCUGUGUGUAAAUAAGGCUGCAUGUGAUUUGUCGUGGUUUAUGGGGCAUGCGUUAGCCAUGGAUGGUGUGCUAUGCUGUAGAAGAGGCAUGGAUGGAAAAAUUUGGGAGUAAAUAGAAGCUUACCAAACGCCGAUGGAUCGGCCAAAACUUGGAGGGAAGCGUUAAAAAAAUCAAAAAGUGAAUAUUUAAAACCGGGGAGCUCUUGUUGUAAAUAUUGGAGUGUUUGGGAAAGCAAGGCAUUGUGUAUUUGUGCAAGACCGGUGGCGACUUCCAGGCAGCCUCCGUUGCCUCCGGCCGACAGGUUGGCCGCUCUCAGCCCUGGAAUACAACCUAAUGGUGCCUGAUUCACUAUUCCAAAUUUUCUCCCACCUCGCCUGUAGAUUUCCUGUUCGAUUGUCAUUUGAAAAAGACAUUAACCACAUCAAGAACAAUUAGAACAGAAGCAAUUUUAAAUACUCCUGCAUAAUACGUCAUGGACAACAAAAUCUCUUCAUAAAAAUGAAUGAUAGGAUAAACUAGCAAGCAAAUUUAUUAGGGAAACAGACGUCACGUACCACGAUAACUUGGGUGAAAUUGCCGACCACCAUAGAUGCGUAUUCUUCCGGGGUGUGGGACGUAAAUAAAGUGGAAUUGGAGGACAAGGGGAAGAAAUAAUCGUUGGCCCCAAUGUUGAACAAGUAUACCGCGUUGCACACCAAUUUGUUGGCCGCUUUUCUCCCAACAUCCGACCUCAAUUGCUUCACAGCAGAUUUGAAGAACCUUAAUUGUUCUUUUAGAUUGAUCACCUGACCAAAACCGAGAUAAAAAGUUAGCAGCAAAAAUCCGUACUCUCUCUUUUGUUCCGAAAUUAUUGUCCAGUUUACAUUUUCAC